GUCCGACGGAGCAGCGUCCCCCUCACCCACCCGCUCCGUACGCGUGCCGGACGGGCGAUGGAGGAGGCCGGAGGGGUGUUCCCCUUCCGCGACGUCCGCUGGGACCCGGACCCGGCGCUGGAGCCGAGCCCGGCCGUGCGCGUGCCUUCUCCCGCUCCCUUGGUGCUGGACAACGGCUCCUUCCAGCUGCGCCUGGGCUGGGCCUGCCGGGCCUCCGAGGUGCCCAGCGAGCCUCUGCUCCGAUUCCGGUCGCUGGUGGCGCGCAGCCGCGGGGCGCGCGGAGGGGCCGGCCCCGAGACUCAGGUGGGCAACGACCUGGGCAGCCCCGAGCCCCUCCGCUGGCUGCUGCGCUCGCCCUUCGACCGCAACGUGCCGGUGCAGAUGGAGCUGCAGGAGCUGCUCUUCGACCACGGCUUCCAGCGCCUCGGGGUCGCCUCGCAGGGCUGUGUUGACCACCCAGUUGUGGUCACUGAAGCGGUCUGCAACCCUCUCUAUUCAAGACAAAUGAUGUCAGAGCUCCUGUUUGAAUGUUACCAAGUUCCCAAGGUUUCUUAUGGCGUGGACAGUUUGUACAGUUUAUAUCACAACAAGAGGCAGGGCUGGCCUUGCAGUGGUCUCAUAGUUUCCUCUGGAUAUCAAUGUACACAUAUUUUGCCAGUCUUGGAUGGCCGGUUGGAUGCUAGAAACUGUAAGCGUCUAAAUAUUGGAGGGUGCCAGGCUGCUCUGUACCUUCAGCGUCUCCUGCAGCUAAAAUAUCCUGGGCAUUUUGCUGCCAUUACUCUCAGCCGUGUAGAGGAAAUACUGCAUGAGCACAGCUAUGUUGCAGAAGAUUAUAAGGAUGAAAUGCAGAAGUGGAGGUCACCUGAAUAUUAUGAGAACCAUGUGCAUAAGAUGCAGCUGCCCUUUUCAAACAAGCUGCUUGGGAGCACCCUCACAUCUGAAGAGAAGCAGGAGAGGCGGCAGCAACAACUUCGACGGCUCCAGGAGCUCAAUGCUCGCCGAAGAGAGGAAAAGCUACAGCUUGAUCAAGAGAGGUUGGACAGGCUGCUUUAUGUUCAGGAACUACUGGAGGAAGGUCAUAUGGAUCAGUUUCAUAAAGGCUUGAUGGAACUGAACAUGGACUCUGCUGAGGAACUUCAGUCUUACAUUCAUAAGCUGAGUAUGGCCAUUGAGCAAACCAAGCAGAAAAUCCUACAGGCAGAAGUGAGCGUUGAAGUGGACGUUGUUGAUAGCAAGCCAGAGAUGCCAGAUCUGGAUCCAAUGGGCAGCGAACAAUCAAUGGAAGACGUAGAAAGCAUGAAUGAAUUUGAACCCUUAUUUGCUGAGGAGCAACCCGAAGUUGAAAAGCCAGUAACUACAGUACAGCCCGUGUUUAACCUGGCAGAGUAUCACCAGCUCUUUAUUGGCACAGAAAGAAUCCGAGUUCCUGAAAUUAUCUUCCAGCCAUCCUUAAUAGGAGAAGAGCAGGCUGGGAUGGCAGAAACCAUACAGUUUGUCCUGGACAGGUAUCCUAAAGAGCAGCAGGAAAAACUUGUCCAGAAUGUCUUCCUUACUGGUGGGAACAUGAUGUAUCCUGGAAUGAAAGCCAGAAUCUACAAGGAGCUGCUUGAAAUGAGGCCGUUCCAGUCGUCUUUUCAGGUGCAUCUUGCUUCCAAUCCUGUUUUAGAUGCCUGGUAUGGAGCUCGAGCGUGGGCCCUGGAGUACAUGAACCGCGAUGAAGGCUGGAUUACUAGGAAAGAUUAUGAAGAAAAGGGUGGAGAAUACCUUAAGGAGCACUGUACUUCCAACGUCUAUGUGCCCAUCCGUCUCCCAAAGCAGGCUCCGCGGGCAGCUGAAACUCCAGCAUCCAGCAAAGCGCUGGGAACUGCCACAAACAAUGUCCCUGAGCAAGCAUAGUAUGCAGGCUGCAAUGGUAUGUAACUGCAAAAUAGACACAACCUGUGUAAAGCUUUUCAGAACUGCAAGGCAGCUGCCAUCCUACAAAACCGGGUGCAAGUUUAAGUUCAACAUUUCCAGGCACCCCAGCUUGUGCAGUGAUCAAUUGUGUGUUUUAUCCAUGGUUGCCAUGGAAGAAUUGCAGGCUCUUCACCAGUUUUUGGUGUAAAAAUGCAAAAGAAAUAUUGGCCUCAUUGAGGCUAACUUAUCAAGUGCUUUAUAUUAAUAGACCAUGCUGUAAAAAGCUGUUGGCAAUGUAAAUAAAGUCUUUUGGGUUUUCCCCUC